UAUUCUGUAAACAAAGUGAUGACAUUGUGGAUUCAAAUGCGCAAUAAACAACUUAAGACGGAUCUACCGAAAGAGACCCUAAGCAUUUUUUUGUCGCGAGAUUCGAGUUUGAUUGUUGGCCUAUACAUACCUACCUACCCUCACAAGUGAGUUUUCAACAUCCGUGCUUGAUGUUUGGUUGACGUAAGUUUAGUUGGAUUUAACAGUGAUAUCCUGCGACUAGAUUGCUUUCAUUUAUUAUUUACGGUCGAUUGUAAUUAUCUUAUUGCAUAUGGACUUACUCAUCUGAUAAAAAUUGGCCUCACUGCAUUUUUUAGCGGAUGACGCAAACAAGACUCUCUUUUUAGAUUCCUUUUCUAUGAAAGUUUAUCAUGAUCAUAUAUUGAUGGAUGUUGAUCACCGUGCUUUGGAAGUGUUGAGAACAUUCUUCUAAGACCGUCUGCAUUUGUCUCAAAAAUCUACAAUGGCUUGUAUGCACGCCACGAUAUUCCAAUGUUCAAGCAAUGACACGCUUUACGAUAUCGACCCCCAUAUACAACAGUUCGAGGUCGCCGUCCUAGUCGUUUCAUGUAUAUGUGUCCUACUAGGCGUGGUCGGCAACGCUCUCAUCGUCUACAUCGUACCCAAGAAGGAUAUGCACAGUGUGUGUAAUAUAUUCGUCGCCAAUCUAGCCAUCCGGGAUAUCAUUUUCCUGGCAACAUUCGGUCUGGCCGUGAUCGUUGACCAUGGAGUAUUUAUCAGAAUGGGAAGUGAGUUGAGAGUUAUGCCUUUGAUCUCCGUUUAUGCCCUUACGGUGACAAUAUUGGCUACAUCUGGACUCUUGGUGGCGCUAGCUAUCGAUCGUUUUCAAUCCAUUGGCCAUCCUCUGCAAUCGCGUUCGAAGAAAAGCUUUUACAAAGCUCAUAUUGCAACGGCUGUCAUCUGGAUAGUCUCCUUCAUUCUUCCCAUCGUACACCCGAUCAUGAAAACCCCCAACUCUCCGUUAUCUUGGCUCCUCGUCGUGAUCGUCAACACAGCGGUCGCUUACGUUCUCCCUCUCGCCACUGUCGGCAUCUGUUACGUCUUCAUCAUCAUCGCUGUUCGACGGGGUCAAGAGGUCAGCGGCGAAUCAAACCACCUUACGCGCUGGGAAUUCAAACGCAAGAUCCGCGUACUGCGCAUGGUUGCGUACGUCGUUUUCCUCUUCUCACUGACAUGGGGCGCUUGGUGGGGGUUUAAUGUCUACAUUGCAUACCUGAAUUACAAGGGAGAACCAAUCGGUAUCCAUGACUCAAUCGCUAUGGACAUCACGGACUUGAUGGUGAUCGCGACGAGCGUCAUCAACCCAUUCAUUUACGGUCUCACGGACGCGAACUUUAACCGUCAUCUGAAGAGGAUACUCUGCUGGUCGUGUGCGCCGAGGAGCUUGCAUCAGCACGGGUCCUCAAGGAAUCCUGGGGAGAUCGUCCCGUUGGACCAUGCCGAAUAUUCGAUUGUGAAACGACGUUACAGCCAUUCUAACGGACGCCCGGAUAAGAGUGCUCUCCGAAUGAGCGCAGUGGAUAUUGAGUGCGACGUAUGAUUACUGCAGAAUGGUAGACUUAAUCGGCGUCAGUCGAACGGCAUAUAAAAGCGAAACCUGUUGCAGAUUAUCUAUCCCAAGUGUCUUCCUCGGCAUGGUGUAAAAUUAAUAAACUUUUCUGAUAUCCCAAAUUGCU